AUGAGCGAGCUCCAAGGCAGACUGAACUGGCUCAGACAAUCACCAUUGUGGCGUCCGGAGGUCACCUUUCCGUUGGGCGGCGCAGCUGGAAUGGUUGUACUUGCUGAUAUUUCCACUGUGGGCGUCCGGACCGCUCUCACUGGAGGCGCUACUCUCCUCGACUCCCUCGUUAUCUGCCCUGGUCUCCAUCGUCAGUCACUUGCAACACAACUCAAUCAGGCAGAAUAUCCUGCUGUAGCUGCUUUGACCACGGGCUACGUCUUUCGAGUAGAGAAUCCUGCGACAGUUUUCUUUUUGCAGCGAAUCAGCAAGACUGGUGCCUUGACAAACCUGACCGUCUCUAGAUGCCUUGGAGACAGCCAAUUGGGAGCCAGACUAUUCUCAAGGCUGUGGGCCUCUCACAACACCACUUCUAUCUCGACUCUGGCCUACCUAUCAAUUCCUUCUCUGACUAUAAUGGUCUUCUGCGUAUUCAUUGCCCUUGGUGACGGCACCGCACUAAUCGUUCUGGGCCUCCUUGUUCUUGUAAGGCUAUGCAACUCGAUCGUCAUUGCCCGCCGAUCCGCCGCCAGUUGGCACGGCCAAUCCGAGCCGGGUAUCAAGGGGGAUCUCCUUGUUCUUCUCAGCCAAGAUCGUUGGGUCCGAAUCAGGGGUGUGGUGGAUGAUCUCAAAGCAACAACGUCAGGUCAAUGGCUGCGUGAGCCGACCUUUAUCGAGUCCUCGGUGCAGUCUGCCUCCACACUGUUAACUUACGGGGCUGCAGGAAUGUCCAUGGGCAUGCACGAGAUGAGCAAGGUGCUACUGCUAGUGCUACUGGCUGUCAACGUUAGCCUGCUCGCCAUCGCGAACAAGCAGACAGUCUCGAUGCUCAUGCAUGGCUGUAUGAUCGAACUUGAUGAGAAGAGAGGAGUCAAGCAAUAUUCGCGACGGCUUCAGCUAGUUGAAGAAAUGUUGAAAGAACCUGACAGAAAUGACGAGUCGAUGCGGUUGGGUCUGGCACGAAUGGGUGUGACUGUCCCAGGUGGAAGUAAGGCCGACGAGACCAGCCGAGCUGUCGAUACUGGAGCGGUGACCAUGUGA